AUGUCUUUUGACCUCUUACCAGCUUACCUGCUUUGCCGACACGGUCCUCCCCGAAAGCUUGAAGGUAUUCGCAACUCCAAGCUCGCCAAUUCAUCAAUGUUCUCCCACGCCGCCACCCGCACCACGACCACUCUGGUCUCCCGCCGUGCUUUCCACGCUACCCGGGCUCGCAUGUCCUCGCCGUACCACUACCCCGACGGCGCUUACUCCAACCUGCCCUUCAACCCUCACAGCAAGUGGUUCACCCUCGGCUACUGGGGCUUCAUGGCCACCGGCUUCUUCGCGCCCUUCGGCAUUGCCGUCUACCAAACCUACAAGUCUGCUCCUUAA